CUUAUCCACCGGACAGCCGAGAUGGAACAUUCACGAUGGAGGAAGUGGAUUGCAUCGACCUUCUCUUUGGAGAUUCCCCAAUCACAGGACAGAAAUAUGUUGAGGCAUAUUCUAGGGCAUUGGAAAGCUCAUAAGAGGAAACCCUCACUUCUCCCAGAAGACAUAGAAAGUCCAAACCAUUCUGAUGAUCCAUCCAAAGUGAAUCCUAUCUUUGAAGACAGCGAAGGAUCAAUUGCUUCAUCCAGAAGACAUGACACAGAUUCACCUACAGGAGAUAGACAUUCGACAACCGGCAUCGAUCUCGAUCUCGUUGAUGUUUCUGUUCCAGUGGAUACAACAGAAUCUAAUGUCGUAGAAGAAAAUCCGGAUGAUGUCAUUAAUCAAAUUAACCUUGCCCUUGAUAAUAGCCUUUUGAAUGAAAAAGAGAGCUCGGAUGAGCAAACAAACAUUACCCCAGAACCAAAGCGGAAAGAUACAAACGAUAUUAGUGCCGCAGUUACAGAAACAACAGAAAAAAGCAUGGCUCCAGAGAAAUCUGAACCUGAAGAAAAUAAACCAAGAAUGUCUAGGUUGCAUCAGAUUGUUAAAUCACAUCCAGAAUUAAAAAGAGAACUGACUUCGGACAUUAAAAUACUACAGGACAUUCCUUCGAACAGUAAAAAAGCGUCUAUACCAGACUCUAGUAAAAACUCUGAAACAGCAAAGACUCAAGAACAGAAAGCAACUGCUGAUAUUAGUGCCAAAAUAGAGAAAUCCUCAGAACAAACGGUCAUCCCUUCUACUUCAACUGGGAUUACCAGUAACAGCUUUAAGACUUCUAAUUCAACAUCUGUAUUUGAUACGAAAGCAAGUACUCCUACUACUUCAACAUCUGCAUCAGAUGCAAAAGGAAGUACUCCUUCUACUUCGACAUCUACAUCAGAUAUAAAAAGAAGUACACCUUCAUCACCAGCAAGAAAUAUGAAUCAAUCUACUGUCCCAAAUAAGGAUUCAAAUUCACUUUCUGAAGUUGCUGCGGAUUCAAAUAAAUCCGUUCUUCCUAAUGAUGCCCCAGUUUCAGAUACAAAAGAGAAGUCGAAGUUCAAAAAACGAGCAAUAGAUGAACUUAUUAAAAAAUUUCAGGGUUCUAACCCUGAAGAUUCAACUUCUAUUCAAAAAGUGCCGUCAUUUUUGCAUUCUCAAAACAAAAAGGAUACACCUGAGUCGUCAAAAGAAAAGAAAGAAUCUCAGUCUUCAGCUGCAAAUAAGGAACAAGAAAAAGAAUCACUGUCAAAAAUAUUUAAUUUCCCGCCACCUCCUCCAGUAGAACCUAAAAGAAAUAAUCCUCAGAAGACGGAAAUCUCUUCUAAAGAGACGAAAAUCGCAUCAUCGGAAGUAGUAUCAAAAGUUAACAGUAAUUUUAUCUUGAAAGAAGCAAAGACAAGAGCUGAUUCUAGUUUGUCAAGGAACAAAACUGUCGCAUCUAGCGAUACUGUUGGUAAUGCAUCAACAAGUAAACCAGUUGGGAGUGAAAAUACAAAAGAAACAGAAACUGGAGUUAAAAAAGUGACCCAAGUAGCAACCGCAAAAACAACAAGUUCCACGCAACCAAAGAUCACGUCUCCUGAGCCCGUUAUAAAAAAGGAAAAAGAUUCAGUGAGAGAUUCCAAUGAGUCAAAUUUGAAGGAAAAAAUUUCAGCUCCGACUAAAACUGAUGUUAAAUUAACUGAUAGUAGAUCAUCUAAAGAAACUAAAUCUGACGAGAUUACACCUAUUCCAACAGACAAACUAUCUUCUUCUAAUGCCCCAGCCAAAUCAGUUAGCGAAACAAAGACACAAAAUGUGCAAAAAGCGAAAGACAAUUUGACCAAAUCUAGUCGAACUCCAGAAACAAAACGCAAAGUAAGCACUUCCAAAAAAUCUCCUGAAAACACAAAAGAAGAUGAUGUUCCUAAAUCUCAUUCUGAAGACAGUGGAAUCACACGUGGCGAUCAGAUAUCGUCAGAAGCUUCUCCAGAUGGUCCAAAAGUAGAACCUAUGAAAGAAAAGGAAGCAGAAACUUCACCAGCUAAACGAAACUCGAGGGAAAGAAGAACCAUGCAGAGCCGAAAUAGAAACUGCAAGCGAUGCAAGAGGCAUUCUUAUGAUGGAGAGGUUCCUUUAAAAAGAAGCUUAUGUGACGAAUAUUACGACGUCUUGACUGGACUUCAUCGAAACCAUAAAAGCAAAUAUUCGGACAGUUGGACAUCAGAUUUGUCCAGAGAAGAAAGGGAUUUGAUUCGCCGACUUCGAAACAAAAGAGAUACUUUUCGAUCCAAUGGUCCCACGGGAAAGGCAAGGCAUUCCAGACGAAGUAGAAAUCUAGAAAAUGGAUAUUUCCAUCGACACCAUCCCAUAAGACGAUCUGUUUCUGAUGAGAGCACCCUAAAUGGUUCUUCCAUGUGUUCUUGUGAUGACUGUUGGCUGUUCCUUGUGAAAGAUUAUGCUUAUGGAAGGGCUUCUCUCAGAGGCAUAACUCCCGAUAGAGUUGUUUGUACCUGUAAACCUGGAAGACCAGAAAUUUUAGGAAGGCGAGUAAAAUUCCGCUCCGACACCAUACCAGAAGCCAGUCCAUCUGAAAGAACGGCCACCUCCCCUCCUAUACCGGAAGAGCCCAGUAAGAAAGAGGACGCCACGGACACCAGGAGCACCAGCAACUUGUCCUCAGUAUCCCAGGAAAGCGCCCUCAGAAACGGGAAAUUACCAGACAAAGUGACAAAGAAAGGAAAGAAUGUGAAGGAGCCGACGUACCGUCUGGUGACACCUUGGGAGUUAGAAGAAUGGGACUUGGCCAUGAAACGACACUUGCUCAAGAAGCGCAGGAAACGAGCCAGGUACAUGGGCUUCAUGGCCUUGGCCAUGGUUGUAUUUGUUGGUCUUGUGGUAGCCAUACUAAUGGUCUACCUGCGCAGGAAAGUACUCUAGUCUCUGAAUCAGAAACCACUGAAAGAUAGCGCAAAUACCAGCAGUUGGAGUUGAAAAAUGCUGCUGACAACAGAGUUUGUAAUACUUAAAUGAUGAUAGAAACCAAUCCAAUAAAUUCAGAUCAUGCAGUUCUACAAGUGAAGAUUAUCAAGCCAAGUAGCUUCACCAUUUAAUUUGAUAAUAUUCCAUAAUUUCUUUGCUUUAUGUGCUGUGAUGCACUGGCAAUAACUCAGAAAUGACAAUACCAUAUUACUGAGCUGAUUUCAGUAAUACUUACAUGAAAUAAAGACCCUUCUCCCAGUUUUCGAGCUUAGAUUAAUGACAUAUUAUAAAAACUUAUGGUGAAAAAACACUGAGCAUGACACCAUAAGGUUUGGAAUGUGAAAACUAUAAAGCAAGAACUUUGGUUAAACAAUAUUUUCUUUUUCUUGUUCAAGGUCAAUAAAUUUCUCUUUUUUUUGCAUUGUGCAAGUAAUGAUGCCAAGUGAUUCAUAAUAUGAAAGUGAUCAUAAAUUUUAUAACAGAACGAUGUUGGAAAAUUCUGAACUAUUAUUUAUCACGGGUAAAAACGAGAAAUAUGAACUGUUAAUUCAAUUUUGAUGAAAUAUAUCAUUAUGCAUUAUUUCAAGAAUUUUCUCUUUUCUAUACUUUCUACUUGUGUAUUUUUUUAAUCCUUUCAUAGAUCAUACAGGAAAAGGCAAUAUUCAUAACGAAUACUUUAUAGAAAUUUAUAUAAAUAAAGUCUAAAUGCACUUAAUAAAUGUACAGGGAACAGUUAUAUAAAAUUACAAAACUUUAGAUUUAUAUGCUUAUUUAAGUAUGUUGGGUAUAUGAAAAUUUAUUAUCAACUAUUUAAACAAUAUUUGCUGUUUAUUAUAUUAUACCUGAAUAAUGUAAACAGUUUAACUAAAAUAUGAAAUAAUCUUUCAUGGAAUUCAUUUUAAGACCAGAUUCAUAUAGAAAGUUUGUAAAUAUAAAGCAAUAAUAUUGCAUCUCAGCUAUAAAGUUUCAUAACUUAAAAUUUUAAAUUGGAAAUUUAUAUAAAAUAUUUUGCAGUAAACAUUCCUGUGAAAUAUUUUCUCUAAUUAAUAUAAAGCAUUAUAAUCUAUCAAAAUUAAGGUUGUGCUGUACAAAUAUUGUAAACACUGUAUAAAUAUCCAGUAUGUUAUUAUGCAAGUUCGUAAAUAGUGUGCAUGCUUGUCCAUUAAUUCUCUACUGUGUUUAAUGAAUAUAUUGGGCAAUUUGAUUAUGUAACUUCUAUGAAUUUAUUAAUAAUUGAUGCCAAAAUAGAACUUAGGUGUUUUUAAAUGACUUUGUAUUUUUGAUAAUAAAAUGUUUUGGUUUGUU